AUGGAUUUCGUACCGAUUGACCAUACUCUUCCAACGCCGACUGAUCUUUGCGUAAAGAUCGCCGCGGUACAUCGACACAGCAUCUCACCCAAAGAGGGUGCAUUUGGGUUUCCGAUUCUCAGCUAUCAUGGUCCAUUCUCUCAACUGGUCGAAUGGGACUCUGAUUGGUCCCGUUUCUUCGCCAGAAUGCUAUCCCACCUCUUUGACACUGUGACAAAGUUGCACGGGCCAUGGGAUGACCAUUGUCAAGCUGAUUUCAGGAGAUUGAUUGACCAUACCGUUCCCCAUCUCCUUGGUCCGCUUCAAUCGAACGGUCGAACCCUGAAACCGUGUCUGGUCCAUGGUAACCUAUCGGCCAGCACGAUGGGAGUCAAUCUGGAAACUGGCGAGCCCAUUCUGUUCAGCCCAUCUCCCUUCUACGCCCACAAUGAGUACGACCUUGGUGGCUGGCGCCGAAAGACAGGAAGCUUGAGCUGGCCCUACUUUCGAGAAUACCGGAAAUAUUUUCCCCCAUCAGAACCCUCCGAGGAAUGGGACGAUCGACUUCAGUUGUAUAGCGUUAAGUUCAAUCUUAUGGACCUCCUUAUCACUCCAGAAGCUGUCGAUAUCAGGAGACAAAUUGAUGACGACAUACGUAGCCUCAAUAGCAAGUAUCUUCCGCCUUCAGCGGGGAUAUUGUGA